CCCUAAAAUUACACUUAAUCCCAAAAUCUUCCCAUGCAUCGAUUCUUCUUCCAGAAGCAAGCAAUGUCCCAUUCAAACUCCAGCUCGCCAGCGCCACCUUCUUCUCGGACCUGUCUUUCCGUUUACCAUUGAACCAAAAAUGGCGCAUUACGUUUGUCAAGAAAGGUAUGGUUCAGUAAUUUCUCAACAUGGGAACCAAACUCAGAGGGUUGCCAGGUUUUUGAAGCCCUGCGCGACGAGCUCGGACGAGGCGGAGAGUGUUUCUGCUCGUGCCCACUUAUUGUUUGAAGAAAUGUCUAGCAGACAAUUAGGGUGGCCGAAGAAAGUUAACUUCCAAGGCUGGGCAUGUCCCCAGAAGAAUUGGGACAAAUGGGUCGAAAAGUUGGAGGUACGACAUUCUUUCAUGUGGAAACGAAUUGGAAUUUACGAUGCCAUCAUGGGUUCUUGCUAUGAUAUUAGGCGCAAUAAAGAAAUAGUAUUGGGUUUGGUUGAGUUUUGGUGUUCUGAGAUGAAUACUUUUGUGUUUCCAUGGGGGGAGGCCACAAUUACAUUGGAAGAUGAGAUGAUUCUUGGGGGUUUCUCUGUUCUUGGAGAACCCAUAAAGAAGCAUGUGACUACAAAGGACUUGAUGAUAGUGGUGGACGCCUUGUUAAAGAGGAAGUCUGCAAUUUCAAAAGGGAAGUCUAAGAAAUGUACUCAUGGAGCUUGGAUGAAGCACUUUAUGGAGAAUGAGAAUGGCAGUGAGGUUGAACAUGCGGGUUUUCUCUCAUACUGGUUGUCAAGGUAUGUUUUCCCUUUACCUACUAGAGAAACAGUGUCAAAGGAUGUAUUUCCUAUUGCAGCCCAUUUGGCUGGAGGGACCCAAAUGGCUUUAGCCCCCGCAGUCCUUGCCGGCUUGUAUAACAACCUGAGUUUGCUGAAGGAGAAAGCACUUUCUUCUUUUGAUGAUGACGAAAUAACUGUCAUUGCUUCAUUUCGACUUGUUUUGUUAUGGGCUUCUGAGCAUUUUCCUCGUUUAGUUCAGAAACCCCCAAAUGUACUCAAGCCUGGAGAGCCAAGAGCUGCCCGCUGGUACAAAGUUAUCAAUAAAAUCGAUAAAUCUGUUAUUGAUCCCAUCUUCUUAUCAGGGCAAUGCUUUCAAUGGAGGCCUUAUGCAGCUGAUAUAAGCAACUGGAAUCAUUCAUCUUAUUACAGAGCUGAAGAGCAUUUAGAAAUUGACAGUGAGGAAUUUGAUCAGAAUUUGCAAUGUUAUCUCAUAUGUAUGACAAUGUGUUACUUAGUUGGAUUAGAUUGUCGAGAGAAGUAUAUGCCUCAUCGUGUAACAAUGCAGUUUGGUAUUGAUCAGGAUUUACCUGGUGAAUUCUCUGGCUUGGUAUUUGGCCCCAAAGAUGUUUGUUUCUUUGUUCCUCCCAGGUCCUUUGAGCCUGGCAUUUCGCUAAAAUACUUCAACUGGUGGAAGAAUUCUGAGUUUAUUUGUGGAGGGAAACUUCCUAACGUUUUGAGAAGAAGCUUAGAUACUUUUCAAAUGCCUCCAAGCGGGGGUGAAAUGAGCUCUAAGGAUUACCAUACUCCAAGUGUUACCACAAGGUUGAAGGACAUCGAGACUGUGCCUCGGUCCUCCAUAAAAGAAGAGGUUAUAGAGAUCCGAGGCGAAGAGUGGGAAUUCGGGAAGUGGAACAAAAACUUUGAUCUUUUGUUCAAAUCGGUUUUUGAAUCUGAUUUCCCCACCAGAGAAGCUGGAAGCUUGGAAAGGAGGUCACGAUCAAUAGAGGAAGUGAAGGGCGGGGGUGGUUCCAAUACCUCAGCUGAAUCAUUUGAUGCAGGAAGUCCUGAAUGUUCAACUCCAUGUCCAGUUCGAGUUAGAUCCCUCGCUUCGAUCACUAGGGAAUUGUCUCCCACACAAAGAUUUCAAGGUUCUGUUGUGACUGAUCAUUUUGCAGUGAUGGGAACUCCCAAAGAGAUGGCUAAAGAUUCCAACGAAAUUGAUGAUAACCAUUCUUUAGAAAGUAGAAACAGAGCCAAUGGCUGGAAUAGAAAAGCUACUUCAGAUGAAGUUCAUCUCAAUGAAACCAUUAAAAAAAGAAAAUUGUCUACCUUAACAGAAGAGGGUUCAGAUUGCAAAAAAACAAUUUCAAUAAUGAAUGGCAAUACUGAUGAAAUGCAAGGAGGUUGUGUCAAUGCAACAAUGGAUGUGUAUGAAAAAAACUUUGAUAUUCUGAUACUGGAUUUGGAAAAGAGGAUCGAGAAACUGGAGAAACAGAAGGGCAUAAAUCCAGAUAGAGGAUAAGAAGUAUUCAGUAAAUACUGCAUUCGAACCCGAUUUUCGGGUUCCUGUGAAUUCAGUUUGUACAUUUAGCAAUCAAGUCCUAUGAGUCUGAAUUGGUUUUGUAGGUUCUACCAUAGUUGUCAACGUGGGAAUGAAAGACAAGUUCAUCUGCAGUGGAUGGGAAGAUUUUUUGUUUCUAUGACACCGACUUCUGGUUUUUGUUUUACUGCUAUAGUGCAACAGAUCUUGAAGAGCAACAAAAGCAGCAUCUCAAUUGCAGGAUGAGUUCAAGAUGGUGGAUUUCUGAUUAUAUGGUGUGCCUUUUAUUGCACAACAUUUUCACUUUUGUUAAAAGACUGUUGAAAUAGACAAAGCUUGCUUGCUUACUUCCUAACUAGGAGCAUAUUGGAAAAAUGUACAUAUUAAAUUUAGAUUUGUGAUAAUGUAUAGAUAUUUACUGAAUUUUGUAAGAGAAAAUCAUGAUAGCUUAUGUACAAGCUUUUCCCCCCUUUUUGAGUUUGAAUUUAUGUAAUUCUAGAAUGUUUGG